AUGCCCCCCCCCCUCAAUCUGCAUGUGCAUGAGACAAUGAACCAGCCCCACAUGCCCAGAGCCCCUCACCCAACCGCCCCCCAUCAUCCCAUCGCCUGCCUGCUUAUCGAGAUGCGGCUUGCACCAAAAGGACGGGAGAUCCGAGACCCCCAUGUCCGCGAGAUCUGUGCUGUAUGCGGGCUCGCAGCCAUAAUGCUACUGUGA